AUGACCAAAAAUUUGACCGUCACCCCUUCGAAUGAACUGUUAAUGACGCGUUUUUACACAUGCAGGAACUUGAUUUUAACACCUUUAAGGCUUUCUGUGAAGAUUCCAGAGGUGAAGGAUGUUGCUGCUGUUGGGUGUUGUUAUCACAAGUUGACAGAACGCAACGACUUUAAAAACACAACACAGCAAGCAAAAUACGUUGGGGGAAGUCUAAAUGUUCUGAGGAGUGUCAAACACCCCUAUUUAGAUGAAGAAUUAAACCGAUUUCCGAUGAGCAAAUUUGUUAGUGAAAUUAUCGAGAUGGAAAGAAAAUAA